UUAUGUCGGGAGUGUCAAUUAAAUCGGCGGGCGAUUGCUAGUACGUAUUAUUUAUCGCGACUAUUAUGAGUGUUCGCUAUUACCACGAGUGUUCGCGAUUAACAGCAUUUUGUCGACCGCUUGACAACCAGAUGUGAAUGGGCUCUAAUGAGUACAGAUUUCGAUGCACACAGUGCAAUUUUUAUGGCGUCCGAAAUAUCUUUCAGUUCCAGUUAAGUAUUUUCCUAUCGAAAGCAUAAUAUCUAUAUGAUAAUAUUCGCGUACCACGGCUAAUUAAUUAAAAACACGAGAGCUAUCUUAGCAGCUUGUUGUUUGGUUAGGAAAUUGAUCAUAAAAUUUAAAGCUAAAUCUAAAAUAAAAAUCUGAAAUACAUGACGCCGUGUGUUUGGUGUAGCACGUCAGAAGUGUAAUUAAAAUAAUCGUCGUUCGUCUCGUUCUAAAUAUGUAUCAGUUUCGUCGAAGAUGAUAAUAAUCGGAAUAUAUUAUGUGCGUAGACGUAGUAAUACAUUUUUUCCCGCGUUUGCCUUGCGUCAUAAUGUGGAAAAUUCACAAUGUAGAUCCGUGAUUUUUGAAGGUGAAAUGUGUGAGUCGGUUUUUGUUCAGUAAUGCGCGUAAAGUGCAAUAGUGCGAGUUUUUGAUAUUCAUCAAUUCUUCAAUGGAGCUGACGCGGAGCAAUCUGAGGCGAAAUCUGUGAAUGCAGCAAAUUGCAAUAUUCUAGCUGGUACAGUGGAGAGCAUAUUUAGCUAACUACAACGACCGAUCACUCGCGACAUGUGAACUCCGCUGCUGCACAUCGUCCCGGUGCAGAUAUUGAUGUGCGCUGGUUCUCGCCCUUUGUAUACGGACAAAGCAGGUCAGGCUAGGCAUUUACGAAAGUUAUAGGAGCGACGUAUUUCAGGGACAACUAAUGUUGCCGCUACUUCCGGUCGGUGCAGUAUUGUCAGUAAGCAGUCCGGAACCAACGGCAACAUAAACAUUGUGCGUUCGUUUGGCGUACAUAUAUCGCAGUAUUUGCUCAUCCUACAAGCAUUACGAGUGCCAUCCAACAUCUGCAACAUCGAAAUACAAGAAGUGCGGAAAGAAGUAUCAAGGGACAUGGAUUCGAAGAAGGCGAUCUCGCUUGUUUACAAUGUUCCCGAACGUACCUGCGUCCGCCAUGAUCGCUAAACGCCGUUGCGUGCGCAGUUCACGCUGGUCGCAAGUAUAUGUUGUACGUAACCUAACAAAGUCGGUAGUGUCGAGUGAAUCUGUGAGCGAUUGUUUUAGAGUGUGAUCUCUUCGGUCGCGAUCGGUUUUCAAUGUUCACCAUCGACAUACACGUUAGUCGAAAACGCGUUACAUCUAACAAAUCGAGAGUGCCGAAUGAAUCUAGAAUUCGCGAUCAAUGUGCAAUCGAUCGCAUUUCAUCGGAUCGCCGUCCAUCGGGAAAAAUUUUGUUUACGUAUACGCGUGUUCCGUAUUAUUCGCGAGUGUGGUUGCGUGUCGGGUGUACCGAAUGAAUCUACGGUUGAUGUGUCGGUUGCAUUCCGUCAGACCGCUAUCCGUCGGAAAAUUCGUAUACGGAUGCAUAUUAUACACAAGUGUAAUCGCGUAUCGGGAGUGUUGAAUAAAUCUACGGGUGAUAAUUUUAGUAUGUCGAUUAAUCGGCUUUGGUCGCGAUCAGAUUCUAGUAUUUGCAACUGAUAUUGAUCACCCGUUCGUCGGAUCGAUAUUUGUCGGUAGAAUAACAAAUGGAUGUCGCAUUAUUCCGCGUAUUCGCGUAUUCGCGUGAUCGGAAACGCGUGUGUAUUGUGAGUGCAUCGAGAAAGAGCAUUGAGAAACAUGAAGGAAUCUCCUGGAGAGAAGUGCUGCUGCUGUUUGCUGCGAUUUUCGAGAGACGGGUUGAUGCCUGUUAAGCGACUCCGACGUGACGUGACUCGGUAAUCACUGCCGGUCGUUCGGAAGAGCAACAUUGAGCGCAUCGAAAUAGAGAAUUUGCAGAACAAUAAGAUAGUGUAUUUUCGACUGUAAAAAAAAAGUACCGCGAGAAACAUUACGAAGAGCAUCCGCGUCGCGUCGGACAAAACAUUGGCCAUUUAAAUCGAGUGAUUCUUAAGGUGUGUAAAUAAUGGGAUAUUAAUUGCGCAAUAAUAAUCGGGAUAAUUGAUAAACUGAAAAUCGAAGUCGUUGGGGGUGAUUUCGCGUCGGACCGUAAACCACCGUCUAAUCGAAUCGAAGUGAACUGGGUGUACCGCAACGGGGAACGAGAGCGUUAGAACGAUUUCAUCGGACGCAUCCCGGACACCGGACACUUUGGAGUCGCGCAGCGGGCAAUAACCGGCGUUACGUGACGCGCGUCGUGUGAUGAUUAGGAAACAGGAAACCGGCACCGAGCGCAGGCAACGAGUUCACUAAAGAUGCGUGGGCUCGUCGGUCGGCACGAAGGUCCCGGGAGAAGAUCGCUGUCGCUGUCGUUGGUUUAUUAUUGCCUGCUCCUGCCAGUGUACCACGUGCUCGCGGUGACGAGCGAGUUGCCGCCUCGGCUCGAUUUGCCGGACCAUUGUACGUGGGACUCGCGGCAGGAUGGCGCGCUCAUCUGCGUGCAUCGUUACGCGGGCAACGACUCGCUACGGACCAACUUCUCUCAGGCGACGAGCGAAUACGUGACGUCCAUAAAUGUCGUUUGCGAGGACGGCGAUCUCGAGAACGGGAACGGCGUUCUCAGCGUGGAUGGCUUCCUUCACCUGUGGCGAUUGCGAUCGUUGAAGUUGACCGGAUGCAAGCUGGCACGCUGGCCGGCCAAGUUACUCAGCGGACUGCGCGACCUCCGUAAUCUGACCGUUAGAACGCUGAACGGGCGCAAAACGGAGCACAGCCUGGAGCUGGAGAGCGGCGCUUUCGACAACACGCCGCAAAUCGAAAAGCUUGACCUGUCGUGUAACAACAUCUGGCAGAUACCGGAUCGCUUGUUUUGCCCGUUAACGAACUUGGUAACUUUGAACAUCUCCUGGAACACGCUGAAGGACAUUGCGGAGCUGGGAUUUCGAGAUGUCGGCGAGAAGCCGCCGAGACGUCAACAAGAAUCCACGUCGGCUCCAUUUCCUUGCUCUCUGGACGUACAAUCGUUGGACGUGUCGAAUAAUCAGAUCUCCGUGCUGCCGUCCUACGGAUUCUCCUCGCUGAAACGUCUCCGCGUAUUGAAUUUAUCCAUCAACGCAAUCUCCAUGGUAGCCGACGAAGCUCUGCACGGACUGAGAUCUCUGGAGAGCCUCGAUCUGUCCGGGAACAGAAUCGUCGCUUUACCGACGGAAAUGUUUCGCGACGCGAUGAAGACGCUGAAGGAGCUGAAAUUGCAAAAUAAUUCCAUCAGCGUGCUGUCACCCGGCUUGGUGGCGGGCAUGAAUCAACUAGUCACUCUCGAUCUGUCGAGAAAUGUUUUAACCAGCUCGGGCUGGCUAAAUUCCGCGACGUUCUCCGGUCUGAUACGCCUCGUGCUCUUGAAUCUUUCUCACAACCGUAUCAGCAAGCUGGAUCCGGCGCUCUUCAAGGACCUCUACACCCUGCAGAUUUUAAAUCUUCGGUUCAACGAGAUAGAAGUGAUACCGGCGGACACCUUCUCGCCGAUGAGCAAUCUGCACACCCUCGAAUUGGCGCACAAUCGUUUGACUUAUCUCGAUGCCUACUCGCUGAACGGCUUAUUCGCGGUCUCGCUGCUGGCCUUGGAUUCUAACAUGCUCGAGGGAAUUCAUCCGGACGCCUUUCGAAACUGCUCGAGCAUGCUAGAUUUAAACCUGUCUGACAACAAUCUCGAGAGCGUACCGGUGGCGCUAAAAGACAUGAGGAUACUGCGGACCAUCGAUCUCGGCGAGAAUCAAAUCAGGAGCAUGAAUAAGCCAGGUUUUCGAGGAAUGUCGAGUCUGUACGGACUGAGAAUGAUCGGUAAUGAAAUCACCAACGUCACGCAGGAGGAUCUCGUGGAAUUGCCGGCGCUGCAAAUUCUCAAUCUCGCGAGGAACAGAAUCGAUUUCGUGGAGGACGGCGCGUUCACGAGCAAUAAGGAGCUGCAGGCGAUUCGGCUGGACUCAAAUAUGUUGCAGGACAUAUCCGGCAUCUUCGCGAGCGCGCCCGGUCUCGUCUGGCUCAACAUAUCCGACAACAAGAUCGCGCAGUUUGAUUACAGCUACCUGCCCGAGAAAUUAGAGUGGCUGGAUCUGCAUAAAAAUAAUAUUGCGGAUCUCGGGAUCGCGCCGCGAAAUAUGAAACUGAAAUCGCUCGACGUGUCGUUUAACAAUCUGACGAGGAUACACUCGCGCUCGAUUCCGGAUUCCGUCGAGUUGCUGUUCGUCAACGAUAACCUGAUAUACUCGGUCGAGCCGCAAACGUUCGUUUCCAAGACGAAUCUCACCCGAGUGGAUCUCUACGCGAAUUACAUCGACAAGAUGAACCUCUCGGCGUUCCAGCUUACUCAGGUACCGCCUAACAGGACACUUCCGGAAUUCUACAUCGGCGGAAAUCCCUUUAUAUGCGACUGCACCACCGAGUGGUUGCAGAGGAUCAAUUCACUCACGCUGAGACAGCAUCCGAAGGUGAAGGAUCUCGAGUCCGUUUACUGUAGACUGCCGUACGAUCGCCGAAAGUCGUUUAUACCGCUGCUGGAGGCCAAGCCCUCUCAAUUCCUCUGCACCUACAAAGCGCACUGCUUCGCUCUCUGCCACUGCUGCGAGUUCGACGCGUGCGACUGCGAGAUGACGUGUCCGGCCAACUGCACGUGCUACCACGAUCAAUCCUGGUCGGCGAACGUCGUCGACUGCUCCAGCUCGGGUUACAAAACUCUGCCGGGUCGAUUGCCGAUGGACGCCACGGAGGUUUACCUCGACGGCAACAAUUUCGGAGAAUUGAAUUCGCACUCGUUCAUCGGCCGGAAGAACCUGCAGAUCCUCUACGCCAACAACAGCAACAUCAUCGCGAUCCGCAAUCACACUUUCAGCGGUCUCAAGCGGCUGCUCGUGCUCCAUCUCGAGAACAACAAGAUAAGCGUGCUCAACGGCGUGGAGUUGAUGCCGCUGGAAAAUCUCAAAGAGCUCUACCUGCAGAAUAAUCUGCUGACGUACAUCGACAACGGUACGUUCCUGCCGCUGCGUCAGUUGGAAGUGUUGCAUCUGGAGAACAACCGCCUCGGCACUUUCGCCCUCUGGGAACUGGCGCAAAAUCCCUAUCUAGUCGACAUCGCUCUGUCCAGCAAUCCGUGGAGCUGCGAGUGCUCGUAUCUGGAUCGCGUGCGGGAGUGGAUGUCGCGCAACCGGCUCAAGAUCAACGACUGGCGCAGCGUCACCUGUUCCCUCGGCGUGCCCAUAACUCUCCCGGCCAACGGAUCGGUCAUAAAUUGCGCGGCAUUAACCGGCACGACCUCCGUCGUCGAGACGCGACCGCUCGAGACCUAUCUGCCGCUGCUGCUGGCGACGGUCGUGCUGAUCUUCGCGACGGUCGCGUUGGUGUGCGGCGCUUUCAAGCAUCGCCGCACUCUCAGGACCUGGGCGGCGAGUAGAUGCGGUUUGCGGGCGUGCUACAAGACCGCCGCCUUCGAGGAUCAGGAGAAGCCGUUCGACGCGUACAUCUCCUAUUCCGCGGUCGACGAGGCCUUCGUCUCGACGAUUCUCGUGCCGGGUCUCGAGACCUCUUACCGGCUGUGCUUGCACUAUCGGGAUCUCGGCGCCGGCAGCAACGUCGCCGACGCCGUGGCGGAGGCGGCCGACUCCUCGCGGCGCACCAUUCUCGUACUGUCCAAGAACUUUCUGCACGGCGAGUGGUCCAGGUUCGAAUUCAAGGCGGCCCUCAGGGACGCUCUCAAGGGCAAAGGUCGCUCGGUGAUUUUGCUUCUGGUGGGCGGUGUGUGCCCGCGGGAUCUCGAUGCCGAUCUCAAAAAGAGAAUCUCGUCGCACACCGUGCUGGUGUGGGGGGACAAGCUGUUCUGGCAAAAGCUGAGGUUCGCCAUGCCGGAUGUGUCUCCGAUUCCCGUUCUGGAGAGACCGCUGCCGCUGCCGCCGCCGCCGCCGCCCCCGGCGCAUCAUCAAUGGACGUAGAGCUGCCGUUAUUUAGAUGUGAACUGUUCCCAAAAGUAUUAUUGAAUCGCGUUACGUAAGGAGCAACUGGAAAUCGCAGUGAGGAAGGACUCCUGACUAUCGCGACUUUUCUCUCUACUUAUUAUCAAAUGCAUUUCUUACUAUUGCAAUGUACCCGUAACACGGUGUCCGAAUAAAUAAGCGGUUAUUCGUAUUUUUGAGAAUCGUGAUAGCUUCGUAGUGUGCAAAUGUAAUUAGCGCGA